GGGACCGGACUACGGCCGGCAACCGCUCGCGACGCCGCUGCGGCCCCUGCGGCUGCCGGAGUCGAGCGCGGCGGCUGCGCGCCUGCCCCCCCUCCGCGCUCGCCCUGCGUCCCCGGGGGCGGCCGGAGCCGCCGCGCCGCGGAGGCGGUCCGCGCCCGCCCUGCCGGUCGCCAUCAUCCCGGCGUGCACCGCGGCGGCGGCGGCGGCGGCGGGCGGGCCGGCGGCCAUGUUGCGAUAGUCUGUUGUUUUCUUCCUGCGGAGGAGCCGGGCCGGACUGCCCGAGACCGCCGGCCGCCUCCCCCUGUUCCCGGCCCCGGCCCCCAGCCCCCCGUCCUCCGGCGCGCGUUCCCGGGCUCCGGCCGGCCGGCGGCCCACCGGCCGGCUUGGCGGGGCGACCCUGAAGGCCGGGCCCGCGAGCACCAUGGCGGCCGCCCUGGGAGCGGGCGGAGGAGCCGGCGCCGGAGCCUUGAUAGGGCCAUUGAAUUUGCCCUGGUGGGAUCAUACUGGAACACGUAGACCUUCAGCACUGUGUCUCGGGUGAAGCUGGUACUGCGCAAGAAGAGGGGAGGAGCAGAGAGCCAGAACCUUUACGUUUUAAAAUGUGACGUCAGGAAUCCACAGAAGAAACAGAUGAUGACUUUGACCAGUUUGAUAAGCCUGGUGCAGAGCGAUCUUGGAGAAGAAGAGCUGCAGACGAGGACUGGGACAGUGAACUUGAAGAUGACUUACUUGGAGAAGAUUUGCUGUCUGGCAAAAAGAAUCAGUCGGAUUUGUCAGAUGAAGAGCUGAAUGAUGAUCUUUUACAGAGUGAUAAUGAGGAUGAAGAAAAUUUCAGGUAUUGGUCUUGCAUUUGAUGACCUCUCUAAGUUCUGUUGAAUGCAGGUGAUGAAAACUCAGUAAAGAUUUUAUUUAUUUGAGAGAGAAAGUGAGCCUGAGGACUGGGGGUGAAGAGGCAGAAGGAGAAGCAGACUCCCUGCUGAGCAGGGAGCCCUACGCGGGGCUUGAUCCCAGGACCGUUGAGAUCAUGACCUGAGCCGAACACAGACGCUUAACCGACUGAGCCACCCAGGCGUCCCUGGACUGUACCUUAGACUCAAGUUGACUAUCUGAAUUUCUCAGGGUGUCACGAUUAGUUUAAAUACCACAUCUGGCAUGGUCACGUCAUUUGAACUCUCUGACAACACUAAUGACCAAUCCGGAGAACAGGAGUCUGAGUAUGAGCAAGGGGAGGAGGAACUUGUUUACCACAAACCCGACGGAUCUGAAUUGUAUGCUCACGAGUACCCAGAAGAAGGACAGUAUGAAGGCCAUGAUGCUGAGCUGACGGAGGACCACAUGGAGUAUGUGGAGGAGCCCGAGGAGGAGCAGCUGUACAAUGAUGAAGUGUUAGACAUCGAGAUCAAUGAGCCUUUAGAUGAGUUCACAGAUGAAGAAUACUUGCAGGCUUGUGGGCAACAAGGGCUGCAAGAGCAGGAAGACUGUGUUGCUGAAGAUGAAUUAGAUGAGAUUACUGACCCACAGGUUGCUCCUGAAACUGAAGAGGGAGGUAUGGAAACUUUGGAACUACAGAAGGACAUAAAAGAAGAAUCAGAUGAAGAAGAUGAUGAUGAUGAAGAAUCUGGACGAUUACGUUUCAAAACUGAAAGGAAAGAAGGAACAAUUAUUAGGCUCUCAGAUGUAACUAGAGAGAGAAGGAACAUUCCAGAAACUUUGGAGCUUUCAGCGGAAGCCAAAGCUGCAUUGCUUGAAUUCGAAGAAAGAGAGCGACAGCAUAAGCAGGGGCGCUAUGGCUCGAGGCGGGGAGGAAGGAGAGGAGGCUCUGUGGUGUGUCGUGGAAUGGGAGACCAGAGGAGAGAGAACAGCGAGCGAGUGAGAAUAAAAGAUCACAGACCUGCCCUGCUCCCGACGCAGCCUCCUGGCGUGACGCACUCUCCAAGACUGAUGCCCCCUCCGCAGCCUCAGCCGCCGCCGCCGCCGCCGCCUCCGCCCGCGCAGCAGCAGCCCAUCCGAAGUCUGUUCCAGCAGCAGCAGCUGCAGCCCCUGCUCCCCCUGCAGCACCCGCACCACGCCUCGCCGCCCCCGGGGGUGCACGUGCCGCCCCAGAUGGAGGCCCCGAGGGGGAUGCUGACCCCGCCCCCCGUGACCCCGCAGCAGCCUAAGAACAUACACAUCAACCCCCACUUCAAAGGGGCGGUGGUGACGCCCGUCCAAGUGCCCUUGCUGCCAGUCCCGAGCCAGCCGAGACCUGCUGUGGGGCCCCAGAGAUUCCCAGGCCCUCCAGAGUUCCCGCAGCAUGCACCUGGGCCUGUACCCAGCAAUUUCAGCCAGCCCCCACGACUUCCCCUCCAGGACCAGUGGAGGGCCCCGCCCCCGCCACAGGAGCGAGACCCUUUCUUCUUAGGAGUUUCAGGUGAACCAAGGUUCCCGAGUCAUCUUUUUCUGGAACAGCGAAGCCCCCCUCCGCCGCCACCGCCCCCCACGCUUCUUAGCAGCACUCACCCGGUGCCCACCCCUAGUCCCUUACCGUUCACUCAGCCUGGACCAGCGUUUAAUCAGCAGGGACAGCAGCCCGUGUUCCCCAGAGAGAGGCCUGUCAGGCCGACUCUCCAGCCACCAGGUCCAGUGGGGAUCCUUCACUUUAGCCAGCCAGGCUCAGCGGCCACGCGGCCUUUCAUCCCUCCUCGGCAGCCCUUCCUGCCUGGCCCGGGACAGCCGUUUCUGCCCACCCACGCACAGCCUAACCUGCAGGGGCCUCUGCACCCCCCACUGCCCCCUCCGCACCAGCCGCAGCCCCAGCCCCAGCAGCAGCCCCCGCUCCAGCCGCAGCACCAGCCUCCGCUGCAGCCGCCCCCGCAGCACCAGCCGCCCCCACAGCCACCUCACCAGCCGCAGCACCAGCACCACCACCACCUCUCCGUCCCGCCUCCGCCGCUCAUGCCCAUGUCGCAGCCCCAGUUUAGGCCUCACGUCCAGACGGCCCAGCCUCCGCCCAGCAGCGGCCGGAUGCAGUGCCCCCAGCGCCAGGGGCUGCGGCAUAAUACAACUCAGAAUGUAAGCAAACGGCCAAUGCAGCAGAUGCAGCCAACCGCUCCGAGAAACAGUAAUCUGCGCGAGUUGCCCAUAGCACCGUCGCACGUGAUGGAAAUGAGUAGCAGCCGCUGCUCUUCCACACCUGCAGCUCCUGGGAAGCCGAUCGCCAGCACGUCCCCGCCCGCGAGGCCGGGGGCCGGGCCCAGGAGCGCACAGGGUAAGACUGAAGCCAGAGUCAAGCCAGUCAGCCCUGUGGUUCAGCCCAAAGAGGAGGCGAAAACAGAACCAGAGUUUCCUGACGAAGACGAGGAAACGAGGCUGUAUCGCUUGAAGAUCGAAGAACAGAAGCGCCUCCGAGAAGAGAUCCUCAAGCAGAAGGAGCUGCGCCGGCAGCAGCAGGCGGGCGCGCGGAAGAAGGAGCUGCUCGAGCGGCUGGCCCAGCAGCAGCUCCACCUGCCCCCGGCCUCGGCAGAGCCGGAGCAGCCGGCGGCCUCCCCGUCGCCCGCCAAUGGAAACCCACUGUUACCCUUCCCAGGUGCACAGGUCAGACAAAACGUGAAAAACAGACUGCUCGUGAAAAACCAAGAUGUCACUCUUUCCACUGUUCCGCCCAAAACAUCAAAUUUUGUGCCGUCUGGUGCUAACAUGCAGUGUCAAGGACAGCUGAUGAAACCAUUGAAACCUUUGAGACAGGCCAGAACCGUGCCUCAGAGUCCAGCUCAGCACAAAGUCCUGCAGGUAAAACCUGCGGACGGGGAGGGGCCGCCACCCCCCUCACAGACCGCUCGAGUGGCGUCCCUCCAGGGCCGGCCCCCGGACGCCAAGCCCGGCGCGAAAAGGACUGUCAUGCACCGGGCAAACAGCGGUGGCGGAGAUGGGCCGCACGUCAGCUCCAAGGUCAGGGUGAUUAAGUUGUCAGGCGGGCAGGGAGGAGAGAGCGACGGCUUUUUUCACCCUGAGGGCCAGCCCCAGCGGCUCCCGCAGCCCCCAGAAGUGAGGCAGCAGCCCGCCCGCAAGGUGACGCUGACCAAGGGGGCCCUUCAGCAGCCCCAGCACGCACCGGUGGCGUCCCACGUGCACUCGGCCGGCCCUCCGGGCAUCAAGAGCAUCCAGGGAGUCCAUCUGGCCAAGAAGGUCCUCAUGCACGGGAGAGGCCGAGGCGUGGCAGGAGCGAUGGGCCGGGGACGCCUGAUGCCAAACAAGCAGAACCUCCGAGUGGUGGAGUGUAAGCCUCAGCCCUGUGUCGUGUCUGUUGAAGGCCUUUCUUCGUCCACCACUGAUGUCCAGCUGAAGAACCUACUGAUGUCAGUGGGCCCCAUUCAGGUGCGUCACCUGAGGCCCUUCCGCAAGACUCAGAGUUUACAGAUGCUUCCCCAGCAACGGAAAGCCAUAGCUAAGUUCAAGGAACCAGCUCAUGCGUUAGCAUUUCAACAGAAAUUCCACAGGCACAUGAUAGAUUUGUCCCACAUAAAUGUGGCCCUGAUUGUUGAGUGAUUUCUAGCAGGAGACGCUGACCUGACGCUGCCCGCGCUGUGGGAUUUCUCCGAGGGAGCUGCAGCACAGGAUCCCCUCAAGCGCAGGCCUCUCCGUCCGCAGUCUUGCGUAACUGCUGUGUGGAGCGCCGCACGGCCCAGUGUUGAUUCCCGCAGAGCUGGACUUGGGGACACGGCGGACUGGGGUUUGCUGUUAGACUGCUUCACGUUCUGUUGUCACCACAGAGAACUACAGUUUUCGUUUGCUUUUGUUUUCAAAGUGCUCACAAUGCAUGUAGACAUCGUUCUUCGUGAUCGUACUGUGUGGUCGAUCACAGUGACUUAGAUUCAGGAAGGAACAUUAACGUCACCAAUUCUAAGUAGUUUUUCACAACAAAGAAUACUUGAUAAUGGUUGCACUUAUCUUCAGUGCAGGCUAGACAAUUGUUUUCCCAGCCAAGCGUAACUUGCGCUGUCUUCUCAGAAAGCCCUCAAAAGGCUCUUGGAAAAACGUAGAUGAAAAUGUGGGUGAUUGUGAUUGACAGUUGCAUACCCUGGAAAGCAGGGUAUGAGGGUGGUUGGGAGCGGUGCCAGUGUGUGGCAGAUUCUGCUUCUUGUGAAUACUCCAAAAGCACUGACUGUGUGCUCCCAGCUCCAGACGGGACUCCCCACCCCUUGGCACCCUUCCCGAAUCAGGCAGCGGUCCUGGCAGGCCCGCCCCGCCUCCCCGGGCCUAGAGAAGGUGCCCGUAGCGCUGCCACCUUGCAGCCCUUCCGGAGUCCCCUGCCGGGCGGGCGACACCACAUAUCUACCGCACGAGGUGGAGGGACGGCCCGGAGCUUGAACAGACCUGUGUGGGGUUUUUUUCCCUCUUUUUAAAUGCAGCCCAAAGGGGCUUAUUUGUGUCCCUGGCUCGGCGACAUAUGACAUUCUUUCGGAACCUGGUUAUCAUUGCUUCGAUUAACUCCUUGUUUUGGAAGGCUUUUGGAGCAGGGCUGCACCGUCCUUCCGCAGACUAGGAGCAGGUCCCCCCUCGUGGAGUGUGGCCUGAGGGACCGCCAAGCCCGGCGUGGAAAUGACAUGGGUUCGUAGCGCCAGUGAGCCUGGUUGAGGAGUUCUGGGUAGGUUCCUUUAGGUGAGACACUUGUUCCCCAUAAAGCAACCCUUUAGUAAAAUUCAUUCUGGGCAAAUGUUUAAAAAAGUGCCUUAUUAAGUAUUUCUGCUCACGAAGGAGAUUUCACUGUUGUGGAUUUAUACUAAUGUGGACCUGAGUGAGCUCUUUGAGCAAGUAUUAGAUACUAGGGCAUACUCUGACUUUUUAGCUGUAUUUUAUACCUAAGAUUUCCUGUCAGAUUUAAUAGCAGAAUUAGAGGAAGCAGUAGCCCGCUGCCACCUAAUGCCUCCGGGUAGCCCAGCGCAGACCCGCCGUGGACCCCGAAGCCCCCGCGGCCAGGCGUCCCCCGCCUCUCUGCCUUCUGGGGGGGCUGGGACACAGGCCCUGGGAACCUGUGUUGCCUUGUUCCCAAAGGUGACAUUCUCUAGUGUCUCUUCAGUUGAAGUUACCUGAACGGGAGGGGCGUGUCCAGACCCCGUGAGGCUUGCUGCAGCGUUGGUCCUGCGGUCAGAGCCCAGAAGAUGCAGUGGUUGUAGAUGGCUGCUUUUCAGAAGAUGUUGGGGCCAGGAACAAGUAGGCACUCCUAGGCUACGCUAGAACAGCCUCCAGCCGAGGCGCCCGGCCCCGCUGGUUCCCGAAGGCCCUGACGACGCUGCGGAAGGCCGUGUCACGUGCCAGGGCUGCCUUGCCGCCCCGGUGGAGGGUCCACAGUCAGGGCCGCGCGCCUGCCCGCAGCCGGCUGCCACGGGCUGUCCUGCCCGCUCUUGUCACAAGUAGAUACGGAUGUGCUCGUGGAUUUACAAGCGUAGUUUAUCUGGUUCAGUCCGCCAAGAGCUGCACUGCAGCGAAGAGCUUGGCAGCCUGGAAGCUCUCCUUGCGAGAGCUCAGAGCACUUCCCCAUGCGGGGCGGUGCGCAGGCUCUCAGUUGAUGGACUUCCUUUAUCACCGAGGACCAACUGAUGCCUAAGAUGGGGUAGUCUGUGCUGUGGUCUUGACACCAAAGAGCUGCACUGGUGUCCGGAAAGUAGGCACAGAAACACGCUCUCUUCUAGUUAGUGCCGAUAAACUAAUCGGUCCUACGUGGGCACCGCUGCCAAAGACGGACCUGUGGCUCCUCUCAGGUCUGCUGCUGGCAUUGUCUAGUGGGACACGGGUGUCCGGGACGUGUGUGUCCGUAACUGUCUGCACACACGGAAGCUUUCUCUUGUUGUGACGGUCUUGAAGGCCUUGGGCCAGGGGGUUAGAAGGCUCAGCGCCGCCGCCUCCGUGCGCCCAGCCAUUGGGCACGGCCCCCGCCCCCGCCCCGGCCCGGGAGCAAAGGCUUAGUUUCCUGGAAGGGGACUGUGGAAAAGGAAAGAAGCAGAAUUAGAAAGGAACGUUAUUGCCGUGGUCGGUGCGCUUUCCGCAGAGAAAUCAGGCCACCGUCAGCUGAACCCUCUUGGAAGAUCUGUUGCAACCAUUAUCUUUGUUCUUUAUUUAUCAUGCAUUUAAAAUGAGAUGCAGAAGCAUUUAACAUACUAUGUAAAUACGGACCUUUUAAAAUUAAAAUGUUAUUGGAAAUGCUUUCAAUUCAGCAACAAUCUUAGCUCUUUGUUAGUUCUCUUGUGUUGUCUUAUCAGAGUUACAUGGAUACAGUUCCAUAACUGUUGAUGUGUUUGUGUGUAUAUUCGAUUUUUAUAAAGAUGGUAGUAAGUCAAUACAUUUAUCCUGACCUGUGUAUUAUUUGUUCCCAAGUUCAAGAAGCUUAAAGUCAGUAAAUAUCAAUAUAUCGCAUAAAGUAAACAUAAUAGGUGAUUAUGUGGAGCCAAGUUACUUUUUCUUUUUGCAUUGUCUUGUUUUGAUUUUGUGCUGUAAUAUAAGAUCACGUAGCCGCUUAUCUGAGCAUAACCUUGCAUUACCAUUGGUCCGGCCACUUUGUUAAGUCCUUCUACUGAUACUUUUCUAAAGGAGAAAUCCUGUUUUUUCCCCAAAGGAAAUGUUGAGGGCUUCCCCCCCUUUCUGGCAGGCAGCAUCAUAAGUAGGUGCCGGUAUCCUUGCCCCAGGGGGGACUGGAGGGGUUGGGGGUCUUCAUAAGAACUACUUUUCUUGGGUCAUUCUUUUGAUUUGUAAUGGUCCUGGAUAAACAAUUGUUUGUUUGGCGCUUGGUUCUGUAGCAUUUCUAAAUUGUGACAGCUUAGAUCCUGCACCCAGGGGUCUUUUUUCAAAGAGCAUUUUCCUCAGUUUGCAAACAGAAGACUUUGUUGCCCGUGGAAGGAGAUUGGGAGAGCUGUCCAGGGUGGACGGAGUGAGGAAUGAUGGAGAGGGUGGGGAGGAGAGCUUUGCAGAAUGAGGAGUUGUAAUGAGUAUUAUAAUGAACUUUGGACACACAGACUCUUUUAAGAGGAGUCAGCCAGUCACGUUGGGAGACGGGAGAGUGGGCUCGCAGACGGCUGUCGCUGGGGGACGGGAGGGUGUCCACCCGUCAGGGAUAGCCACCCUUCCUUGCCUGGGCCUUGAGCUCUUCUUCCUCAGGAGGAGGCUGGACUGGCUGCCAUCGGGUAGAGAUGCACAGAGGCAGGGCCUUGCUCAGAGGGUUGGUUUUGAGAACCUAUCAUUUCCGUUCUUUUUUUCUUUCUUUCUUUCUUUGUUUUUUUUUUUUGGCUUGUGGUUUUCUGUUUUGUUCUGUUUAUUUUGUUGUUGUUGUUUUUUUAAUUAAUUUCUUUGUUAUUUAAUUGAAGGUAAGCUCACCAUGCUGGUAGACCGCUGGACUGACAGGGACCCUGUUGCGGACGGUCGGGUUUUGGUAGAGGCCUGCGUGCCCAGUGCCUGGAGCGCCCUCGAGCCUCCUUGUCCCUCGCAGUUCCUCAGAGAGCCCCCGCGCCCCGCCGACAGGACUUGCAUCCCCCGUCAGCCUGCGCUGCCCUCAGCAGAUGGCUCUGGGCUCCCUGACUGGCACACUGCCCUUCUCGGGGUCAUUUUGAAUUUUUCCUCCCUUCCUGCUUGGAGGACUGUUCUGGUUUCACAUAUUCACUGGUAGACCUAAUUUUACUUCCUUUAGUCAGGUAGAGUCCCACCCCUCCACCUUUUUUAUUUAUUUAUUUGGAGUUGGGGGGGCUUCUGAGAGGUAGCCCUUGGUUCUUUACAAGUUUUUAAGUGACAUCAUUCUAAAAGGGAAUUUCCUGAACGGCAGGAGGGGGCGGGUGAUAGAGACGGGGCCAGGAGCCACUUGUUUCCCCCCCCCUCCCCCGUGAAGGAAGCCACAGGAGCUUAGAUCAUGUAGGGGAAAGUUUAGAUAUUUUACUGUGUUUCAUGAGCAUUUCGAUUAACCUUUUCAACUAUUUUUAAAACUUGUAAAUGAAGUGUUAUUUUGGACAUUCGUAAAUAUGAACUCUCCAAAGGCAUUUGGCCUUGAAUCACUAGUAAAUCCUAAGGAUUUUGUGUAAGGUUUUUUUGCAACCUAUUUAAUUGUCAUCAUUUAAAGCGCCCAUGGUUUUGUGUCCUAGAACCAAAGCAAAACUCACUGAUUCAUAUUGGAUCCCAGGUAUACCUUCUUCUGGUAGCGUAUGGUUGGGAAGGAUCAUUGGUUUUACACGUUGUAACCUGCCUUUUCUAGAGGAUGUUUUUAAAACUCUUAACUCUCUCUUUUCUGUGCCGUGUUGUGGUAGGAAAUCUUUUCAUUAAGAUGGGCAGGUAGAGCAGGUAUCUUUCUUUAGUGAGAAGUUGCUUUUCCCUUUUAUUUCUAACCAACUAAAAUGUAAAAAGAUCAUGUUGGUGUUUUGCUCUGUUUUAUUUUGCUAAUUUUAAAACGUAUGUAGAAAAAUACAGGCCCUUUAAAAAGAAACAAUGUAGUUUAAAAUUUUUAAUACAUUGCACAGAGUGCACAGAUGUACUAUUUUAAUAUAUUCUGUAUUUAGUAAUAAUACUCUAGAAAGUAGACCCUGACAUUCUUUUAGCAUGAUUUUCCUUUAAAAUUAGUUUUCUUCAUAAGGGCACACAUAGCGGAAGCUGAUUUUUAAGGGACUGUUUCAGUUUUAUGCCCUGCAGUAUUACCUUAGACUGUCUAACGUAGGUCUUUGAAUCAGCAACACACAUUUAUACUCUGAACUGAAGGGCGAGUGAGACUUCAUGUUGAUAAUCCAUCUUUGCUUUUCACAGGCAUGGGAUCCAGAAUCGCUUUUCCUCUGUGAGGAUUUUCACUCUCCGUCUUCGUCUUUAAUUCUACACUUUAAUUUCCAGGUUCGACAGCAGCGAAGCCUGAAAUCUUUCCAUUCCCAGCUGCUUCUCCGUGUUGGGCGCCUCCAUCCUCUGGGGCCUGCGUGCCCCCCCCUCCUUCUGUUCUCUUGCACUUUCCUUCCCCAAACCCGUCGACCAGCCACCACUGAGGGCUCCUUUCCCCUUCUGGAAAAUCCCUUUCUUUGACUUCGUCAUCUCUGGAUGUCCUUCUCCUCCUCCCCACCUGCCUUUGGUGAUGGACUUCUCCGUUUGCUGAUGGUGCUACAUUCUUUCUUGCUCCUCUGUCCCGUCUUAACAUUUAGAAUUCCUCUCGGGGUGGGGGUGGGGGGGUGGCUACGAGAAUGUUGUGGAUAUUUUUGCACGGUGUUUAAAAUCGAUUGCAUCUUCUCCUUUGCUUUGACAGGUUUUUACUCAUGCUUUGUUCCCCCAGGUCUCUGUUGGAGAGAAUAACGUCUGAAUUCUAUUAUUUUGCAGUUUGACUUGUAGGAGUGUGGGGCCCCCCAGCCGCCGGCGUCGUGCCGCUUGCGGGGAGCGUGUGAUUAAUCUCCCCCUUGUUUUCACCCUCUACUUCUGCAGGACCUCUUGUGCAUGAGUUCAGUGUUAGUUGUGAUGCGCCUAUUUUUCCGCUGAAGUGGCGGCCUGUUUGACCCUUUGUUACUGCUCUCGCUGUGAUCCUUCCUAACCGUAAUGCGCACGCGCUGCCGAGCCGGUCUCUGCCGGCUCCGAGGUGGAGUCUGACGCUGUGUUUACUGGGAGUGCACUGAGAGUUCAGAAACCACCAGAGGACUGAACUGCUUUCCUCUGGGUUGCUCUCCUUCACGUUCUCUUCCAAACACUACACUUACCGUUGUGGGAGAUGGCGUUGCCUUGCUUUACCCCAGUUUUCACUGUGCACUGAAGGCUGUGACAGCUUUAUAAGGAAUAUAUGUGAAGAACAGUAGUGACAUGGUUGGAAAAAAUGUAUUGUGUGUGUAUCGUUUGUGUGAUUCCAUACCAAGACGUGUCUCGAACUGUACUGUAAUUUGGAAGAUGUGUUAAUAAAAUACUUCGCAGUU